AUGCUAUUGACACCACCACCAUCCCCUCAACUCUCGACCUGUCUUGCUCCUGAGGACAGACUGGGGUGUGUGUUAGCCGGGCGAUUGGAACUUGUCUCUAUCAUCGGAAUUGGAGCCUAUGGAGUGGUCUACCAGGCCAUCGACAUCUUAACCCGCAUUCCCUACGCGGUCAAGGCACUGCCCAAAACUGGAUUGGAUCCCAGACAACGCCGUUUUCAACGUCGAGAGAUCGCGCUCCAUCAUCAAGCCAGUCAGCAUCCAAAUGUUGUUUCGUUGCUCCGUAUAUUGGACAGCCCGGAUUGCACCUUUGUUGUGAUUGAAUUCUGUCCCGAGGGCGACUUGUUCUCCAACAUCACCGAACAAGGCCGAUUUGUCGGCGACGAUCAACUGGCCAAGCAUGCUUUCUUGCAAAUCUUGGAUGCCGUUCAAUAUUGUCAUUCCCUGGGGAUCUAUCAUCGCGACCUGAAGCCGGAGAAUGUCUUGGUUACCGACCAUGGCCACACUGUCAAAUUGGCCGAUUUUGGACUGGCGACCACGGACGCAAUCACGUCCGACUUUGGAUGUGGAUCGACAUUUUACAUGUCACCAGAAUGUCAACAAGCCCCGACAAGGCCAUAUGCUCGUUAUGCAGCCGCGCCCAAUGAUGUCUGGAGCCUUGGUGUCAUCCUUGUGAACCUCACCUGUGGCCGUAAUCCUUGGAAAAAGGCCUCGCCGGAUGAUUCAACUUUCCGGGCUUUCUUGAAGGAUCCCAAGUUUUUGAGCUCGAUCUUGCCCAUCUCCUCCGAGUUGAACAUGAUCUUGAGACGCAUCUUCGAGUGUGACCCCCACAAGAGGAUUUCCCUCCAGGAACUUCGGGAGAUGAUCAUCAACUGCCCCAGGUUGACGACUUCAUACAGCACUCUCCCUCCCUCCCCUCCCCAGUCACCCUACAACUACGUGGAUCCGAUGGAUUGUGCCAAUAUGGCUCUGCCACCAUCCCCACCGGCGUCUCCCUCUCCUAAACAGCCCUUCCAAUCUCAACCUUCGGAAUGUUCUCUCUUUGAACCUGCGUCCAAGCAGAGUUCAUCUUGUUCUUCUAUUUCCACUGAUUCUGGCUAUGAAUCCGAGGCUUCCUAUCCCGAUACUAGUCAACGACUUCAGCCCACAGUGUUCAACUUCUACGGCAACGUUAUUCCCUUGAACGAACAUGAGAAGUCUUACUGUUCGCCACCAACCUUUGUCCCUGCUGUUGCCGCUUUUUAA